AUGUCACUUGACCACCACUCCAAAUUCGUGAAUUCAGAAGAGGAGCCUCUCUUCCCACAAUUCGGCAAUCUCCCCCCCGAGCUGCGUCUCCAUAUCUGGAAAUAUGCACUUCCUCGCGGUCGAACACUCAAGGUAAAAAUCGACGCCUACGACGAUACGCGAGCGUCCCUGCUGGGAAACUUCUCGGCUAUUCCCUCCAUCUGUCACGUCAAUUCCGAAUCUCGAUUCUUAGCCCUCAGUAUCCUUCGCAAUGGUCUCGGUCCCAAUACCGAAGAAUCGGAUUUCUACUGGAACCCCAAUAUCGAUACUAUCUACUUCCCCCCCUCCGCAUCCUGGACCAACGGCACGAUGGAAAAAUAUCUCUUCAAAGAAAAAAUUCCCGCUUCGUAUCGCAAUCAUGGGAUUACGCCUGUAGUGCAACAUAUCGCUUUUCCCCUUAACAUCUGGCUCGCGCAAGGUCUCUAUCUCGAGCCCCCCAAAGAUCGCUGGCUCCUCGAUUGGCUGUACAGAUUCCCCGCCCUGCAAUCCGUCACUCUUCUCAUCGAACCCUUUGAUCAAUGGCUCGGACUCCCUAAUACUUCCAUCGUCUACCACGAACCGCUCGAUGUACCCGUGUCGCAGCUGCUCAAUCAUAAACCCUCGGAGAUGAAAGAGAUGCUGGAGAAAUCACUUCAAGAAUAUCGUGUAGCGAAUGAUGAGACUUGGGAACCACCCCUGGUGGAGAUACUGGUGUUGGGGAUGAAGAAGUUUAGAGGGGAGAAGAGAUGUAUUGGGAGGAGAACGAAUUUGGAUAGGGAUGAUGUCACAGGGAUUUAUGAAUUGAGAGUUUCGAGGGGGGAGAAGACGGCGAGGAGGUUAGUUAAUAGGUGGCCGGCGGAGAUUCAGGCGGUGGAGCAGUGGAGCUUGAUGGAGCAGGAGGGGGAGGAGGAUUUUUAG